CUGUCAAACUUCCUGCUGUGGGAGGAGGCUUCUCCCAUUUCAGAUGAAACUUACUGAGAAACGAAACCUAAAAGCCCACUAGCUUUCAAGGGAGUGGCAGCAGAGUCAAACGACAGAGUGCAAUGGCAGCAUCUGGUCAGAAUCCCUUUAGCUGUGCAGUGUGUCUGGAUACAUGGAGGGAUCCAGUGACUAUUCCAUGUGGACACAAUUACUGCAUGCGCUGCAUUAGUGCCUGCUGGGACCAAGAAGAUGAGGGUGUGUACAGCUGCCCCCUGUGCAGCCAGUCGUUCAGCCCAAGGCCUUCUCUGAGUAAGAACACAGUGUUGGCUGAGCUGAUGGGGAAUAUGAAGGUUCAGAAUGUGACCACGACUAGCGUGCCAUCUGUUGCAUGCUAUGCUGAGCCUGGAGAUGUGGAGUGUGAUUUCUGCACUGGAAGAAAACUAAAAGCUGAGCAAUCCUGCCUUGCGUGUCUGGCCUCCAUGUGUGAGACGCACCUCCAGCCUCACCUGGACGUUCCAGCAUUGAGGAAGCACAAGCUGGUCAAGGCCAGGGCUGGGCUGCAAGACAGGGUCUGUGCCAAACACGACAAGCCCCUCGAGGUGUUUUGCUGCAUCGACCAGACCUGCAUCUGCAUGUUGUGCACGAUGGACGACCACAAAGGCCACCAGACCACCUCAGUUGCAGGAGAGAGAGCUCAUAAACAGAAUCAAGUGAUGGAGACAAGGAGUCAUUUCCAGAAGAACAUCCAAGAGACAGAUACGACCCUUCAAACGCUGAGAGACACGAUGGGUCAUCACAAGACAAUGUCAGAGGAAACACUGGCACACAGUGAGAAGAUCUUCAAUGAACUUAUACAGUAUUUUGAGGGGAAACGUUCUGAGGUGAGAGAGCUGAUCUCGGCCCAGCAGAAGCAGGCUGGCCUGAAUGCUGAGGAGAUGGUCCAGGAGCUGGAGCAGAGGAGCACUGAACUGAAGAGAGGAGAUGCUGAGCUGGCAGAGCUGUGUCAUGAGGAGGAUCAUAGCUGGUUUCUACAGAGGUUCCACACCUUCAAAAACUCUCCUGCGCUUAAGGCUUCACCCAUCAUGAUUCUCACGGUGUCAAAAUAUUUUGAAGACCUUUGCCAAUGUCUUUCUGCUUUGAGGCAAACCCUGGAGUCGGCUUGUGAUCUGGACAUGUUGAAAGUAUCUGCAAAAAUUAAAGAAAUUGAGAUUGCAAGGCAAUUACCAUUGAGAGAAGAUCUCCUCAAAUCUCACAGGAGUGGGGGAUCUUCAGAUUUGUUCUGCUCCUGA